AUGUUGCGAGUUCUCUCGGUUUCAACAUGGAUGCCUUUUGUUGCUUCGUUGGUUUUCAUCCAUCUUUCUCAGGCUCUUAGUACCAAUGGACGUGUGUUGAACUUCGAUCUGCAUCGCAGACAAUCAAACCCCAAUUAUAAGGCGAAUGCAAAUAUUGCAUUAGAUGGAGGGUUUUGGUUCGCAGAUGUAUCUGUUGGAGAUUCCGAUACUCCAUUAGAGUUGCUUCUUGAUACUGGAUCAGCCGACCUCGUCCUGAACCCAGGCUUAUACAAGCGUGGUGCAAACGCAAUGGAUUUGCAUGAAACUUUCAAUAUCACAUAUGGAACCACUGGGAACUCUGCCGGAAGCUCAAGCCAGACGCUUACUGGAGCCAUUUACAACGACACAGUUGAGCUGUCCUCUUUUACACUAGACUCUCAAACCAUUGGCGUUGUCGUAGCGAAUAGUUCCAAUAGCAGCAGCAGUGUCUACCCGCAUAAUGGAAUUAUAGGGUUUGGAGCCGAGUCGUUCAGCAGCACGAACUCUACCCCGUUUUUCCACAACCUCUGCCAGCAAAAUCUGGUCAAAGAAUGCCGAUUCGGACUUGCGCUCGGCUUGAACGGGACAGGGACUUUGACGCUCGGAGGAGUCAGCGAUAUAGUGCCUCGUGGAGAGCAAAGCUUGACCAAAAUCCCUAUCCUACAAGAAUGGUUCGUUAUGGCUGACUUGGCUGUUGGAGAAAAUAUCAUCCAAAGCGAUUUGAUAAUUGAGUUUGAUAGUGGAAGCUCUGCCAUUACCGGACCCAUUGAAGCAGUCUCAGCUCUAUUCAACGCGACAGGAGUUCAAUCAGUCUUACAACAUUCCGAUUCCGGCGAUGUCUUGGUCGGCUAUUUCCCCUGCUCCGUGCCUCCUACAGCAGGCUUCAGCCUACCUUCCGCAAGCAACAUCUCCAGCGCCGCAUUAAACACGACGAACAUCAGCCGCCGAAGCAAGAUUUUCGACAUCCCAGCUGCAGCAAUGUCUACGGGCCCCGUCGACGCAGAGGGUAAAAACUGCAGCUGUGUAAUCUCAGGGUUCGAUUAUGCGAAAGUGCCAGGGCUAUGGGUGGUAGGACAAGCUAGUGGCGGGAUCGGCGCUGCAACCGCAAUCCGCCUAGCCCAGCCCUCCACGUCCUACAAAGUAAAAGCCAUCGUCCUACACUACAACUCCAAUUCUUCAAAGAUCCAAUCCAUAAAAGAAAAAAUCUACUCCAUCGAUCCAUCCAUCAAACUCGUCCCAAUCCAAGCCGACCUCUCUUCUUCAGAUGAUGUAGUCCGACUCCAUGCCGAAGCGGUCGCAGCAUGUGGUGCCAUCAAUGUCCUCUUCGCCAACGCAGGCACAACCUCCAACGCCGCCGGCCCAACCGGGCAACUCGAAGAUGUCUCCCUAGAAACCUUCGAGAAGACCUGGAGAGUCAACACCCUAUCCUCCUACCACCUCACCCAGCUCGUCGUGCCCUCCAUGCUAGCCCAGUCUUUCGGCCGCGUGAUCUACAACUCCUCCAUCGCAGCCCUGACCGGCGGAGUCGUCGGUCCGCAUUACGCUAGUAGCAAGAGUGCGCUGCAUGGCAUGUUGCAUUUUUUGGCUGGACGUUAUGCGAAGGAAGGCAUUACGUUCAAUGCGGUGGCGCCGGCGCUGAUUGAGGAUACGACGAUGUUGCCGAGUGGGAAUGACGAGUUGAGAGCAAAGAUCCCGAUGGGGAGAUUGGGGAGGCCAGAGGAGGUGGCCAGUGUGGUUGAGCUUAUGGUUGGGAAUGGGUAUGUCUCCAAUAAGGUUUGGGCUGUUGAUGGGGGCUGCAUGGUUGUGAAGAAGCUUACACUUAUGAGAGCGGAAGCUGAUAAUCUCGUGUUUGGAAUCUUGCCUAUGAAGAAGAUGGUCUAA